GUUUUUGGUGUUCUUGAGUCACCUGAAUUUUCCAGAAUCUCUUCAGCCUUUAGACCAAUAAUUAAAGGUGAAAAAGAUGACUCCGGUUCUCAUCAGCAUCUAAUCAGUGAAAAUGGCAGUAGUCAGAAGUCACCCUUGCUCCAGGCAUUUGCCCCAAAAGCUGUGAGUGGGUCUCAGGCUGAUGCGCAGAUGUCUGCAGCAUCUCAGGGGAGUCAGAAGUGGGUGUCUAGGUGGGCGAGCCUUGCGGACAGUUACUCUGACUCUGGAUCUGUCUCUGGGCAGGGUGAUGGAGGUGCAGAAAGUGGUGUAGCCCCCAAACCCGGGGAAUCAGAAAAUGCUGUACCCUUGAGAACAAGGCGCCUUCUUCCCCAACUCCCACCAAGUGAUAAAUCAGACAGUCCCACACCCACAGUCCUGGUUUGCCAGGAUUCCUAUUCUGAGGUUACCAAGAGAACCAUUGUGAAGGACCGCUGUGUGGAGGCCUAUGGUGAUCCCAGCAGCCGCCUCUUCAUCCAAGAAGACUUGGAUCCAGAUAGCCUCAGUGAUGCCAGCAGAUCUGAUGAUGGCUUCAGCACAGAAAAAGGCAAGAAAUAUAAAGAGAACAAUAAAAUGCUAGAGCAGAUGGCGGAAGACACAAGAUCAGAGAGCCGGCAGCCAGGAGCCUCCCGGGUCUCAAAUGUGAGAGCUGUGAGUGAGCCACUUUCUACUUCAUUCUACAUUGGUGAUGACAGCAAUGAUGCGGGGAUUCCCUCCAAGCUCUCUCUGAGCGUGUCGCAUGCUCGAGCAGACAAAGACGGCAAGGAUCAGGAGUUUUCCUUCAAGUCUGCUGGCACGCCAGUUCCUGGAAAGCCACCGGUCAAAGACGUUAGCGCUUACAUAAAUGCAGCUGGAAAAGUGGUUAUUUCCCUUCAUCAGAGUCUUCCUCAAGAUGAGGAAAACAUGGCAGGAAAGGAAACAUCAUCUUUUGUUAGACAGGAAAGUUUUACCAAAGAUAAAUCAAGCAGUGGUGUUCCUCAAAAUAAACUUCCACAUAUUUCAAGUCACCCUCUGCUUAAAGAUUUAGAGGCUGUUCGGUCAGCUCGUAUGGACUUUGGUCAGGAGACUCAUCUUCUUCUUAAGGACACUGAAACUGCCUUGGCAGCACUGGAAGCCAAAUUACUUGGUCAAAGCCAACAGCUGGAGCCCUCGGAAACUGCUGGUCAGCUGGAGGACUCCUUGUCAGGGGACUCGGAUGUGGACACUGCCAGCACAGUCAGCUUGGUGAGUGGCAAAAAUGUCCCAACAAGUGCCCCGAAACGCAAAGUGGUCGCGAGCUUGCAGAAGGAGAAAUCUUCCUCCACGCCGUCCAUCCAGGACCAGUGCGGGCAGCCCAGCGCUCGGGACAGGCUGACAGAGAAGCGGAAAACGCAAGCACCAGAUGCGAACCGCACGGAGGCUGCCAAACGCUUCCAGAUGAAGCGGAGUGCUGGUACUCGAGGGUCACUCGACUUCACAGAUGAUGAGAGAAGCUCGAGUUUGCCCUACUUGCCAGUCCCCGACACAGUCGUGUCUGACCACGAGCACUCGGUAACCCGGCCGGUUCCCAGAAGGAAACCUGUUACUCAGGCCGCCAAGGAGGACCACAGCAAAACGACCUCGAAUGUGCAGAAAAUCCAGCAAGUUCUCACCCGCUCCAACAGCUUAUCCACCCCACGACCCACAAGGGCCUCGAAGCUACGUCGUGCCCGUCUGGGAGAUGCUUCAGACAAUGAAUGCAUCGAUACCGAGAAAACAUCCGCCAACCCUGAAGCCACUGCUCCGGGCCCCAAGCAGUCCACAGAGACGAAGAAGCUCUCCCGGCUGGACAUCCUCGCCAUGCCAAGGAAACGGGCAGGUUCGUUUACGGUGCCCAGUGACUCUGAGACAGCACAGUCGAGGACAGGAUUUUCAGGCAGGAACGUGGAGCCCUAUCGGAAGAUGGGUGCUUCGGAGAGGACCCGUUCAAGCAGCGUCAAGUAUUCCUCCUCGUCCAGCUCCACACAAACACCGAGGAUACGUGGCUCUGGGCUGAACAAGCAGAAGCACAACGGCAGAGAAACAGAUGACGAUGAAGAUUUUGAUGACCACCCUGACCCCUACAACUUCAUGGCGCAAACAGCAGAGAUAGCAGAAAUAGCCAGGCUCAGCCAAACCUUGGUGAAGGAUGUGGCCAUCCUUGCUCGAGAGAUUCACGAUGUUGCUGGAGAUGGGGACUCACAGAGUUCAUCGGGGACGGCACCAAGCACCUCCCUCAGCUCUGUGCCCAACACUCCUGCUUCCACCAUAUCAGCAAGGGAAGAG